AUGGUUCUGUCGACUACUUACUUUUCUGCGUUGCUGCAAGCCUUGAGCUUGACGCAAGGACUUUACAAGCCGACUCCAGCGUACCCCACUUCGCCUCAAGCUGUAUAUCCAGGGCUCGACAGAGGAGUGCAGCCAUCGUCAUCGUAUGACGGGUUUACGACACCCCAUGCGGUCGAAAAUGGCAGUGCGUAUUCGCAACUCUCAUCUACUCAGACAAACUAUGCGCAAGAUGAUGCAGACGCAUGCAAUGUCAUCCCAUAUGAGGCAUCGCUCAUCGAGGACCAGACGUUUCCACCGUUCGAUCAAGCGAAGGCGAAUGUAUAUCGCUACAGACAGCAGCAGGCAGUCAAUCUGGGAUCUUGGCGAGUCUUGUUCGUACAUGAAAAUUGGAUGACGCCUUCUGUGUUCGCCUGCGCGGCUGGGCAGCAGCUCUCGGAACUAGACGUUGCAUCAGGCUGGAACUCGACUGCUAAUGCGCGCUCAGUUCUGGAGCAUCAUUGGGAUACUUUUAUCAACCAAAGUGAUUUCGAAUACCUUGCUAGCAUUGGGAUCAACACUGUCCGACUUCCGAUUGGUUACUGGAGCUUGGGACCUGCUUUCUGUCAGGGUACACCUUUCGAGAACGUCUCCAAUGUCUACCAAAAUUCAUGGAUCAGAGUGGCCCGAGCAAUCAACAUGGCUGGCGAGGCGGGCAUGGGCGUCUUGGUUGACCUGCACGGGGCUCCUGGCAGCCAAAACGGACAACCACACUCUGGGAUUUCUGACGGCGUCACUGGUCUAUUCGACAGCCCGACGUACAUGAACAUGACAAUAGCCGUGCUCACUUUUCUGACAGAGCAGCUGGCUAACGUCUCCAAUAUUGUCGGUAUUGAGAUCUUGAACGAGCCUCAGAACGUGCCUGAGCUUCCUGACUUUUAUACACGGGCCAUCUCGGCCAUGAGACAAGUCUCGCCUGCAGCUGCCAGCUUCCCUCUCUAUAUACAUGACGGAUUUGAUCUGGAGCAGUACGCCUCUUAUGUCGCAAACCGAACGGACUUCGUUGUCGUGGACCAUCAUUCCUACUUUGUGUUCACUCCUUCCGACGAUGCAGAACCCGCCUCUCAGCACACAGCAGACGUUGAAGGCUACAUAUCGACAUCUAUAGCCACGGCAUCGACGCAAGCACGCAGGAAUCUAGUCAUCGAUGAGUGGUCUUGUGCUCUGACACCACAAAGUCUGGCAAAUGAGUCGGACCCGAACCAGUCCCGCAGAGACUUCUGCACAGGCCAGAUGGUCAUGUAUGCUAACACAAGUGCGGGUUGGGGAUUCUGGGCUUAUAACAAGGAGGAUUGCACCGACGACCCAGGGUGGUGCUUCAAGUCUGCUGUCGGGAACAGCCUGCCUUCUACAUUCUUUUCCUACGGACAAGGCCCGCUGACGGAUCCUGCGGAACUCCCAUCUCUGGCUGACCUCAUGGGGGAUAUGAACGCCCCCUCCACAUCGGCGAUCCUGGCUAGUGCACAGUCAAACCCAAGUGCGACUACUUCUGAAUAUGCUUACGAUGCCAGUGCAAGCCCUACGACUGCACCUUAUGACGGAGCGACCGGUAUGUCUCCAGAACAGAAGUCUAUCGCCAGGGGAUACUCGGACGGCUUCUUGACGGCCAAGAUAUUUGCCCAGUACGGCAUGUCAAAACUUGGCUUCACUGGGCAAUACAUGAACGACAGCAUUGCGAAGCUUGGUACAAGUGUUGUCAAGCCCGGCACAGAAGAGUACUACCAGGAUUGGUUCAUGAAGGGAUUACAAGACGGAGAAAACAUCGUCAGCUCUCAUGUGGGUCAGUGAACGAAUUAAUUGGGACAAACGUGUAUCGCGGGUUUCCUUUUGUCGGAUUUCGGAUACCAUAUAUAAUUUUAAUGUAGUCUCAAUAUCAUCUACUUCUGAUACUGCG